CGACUAAAUAUUUCUUCAUCUCGAUUAGAAAUUUGUAUUAAGGUUGAAUGAACAGAAUGAAGCUAAAGUUAAGAAGUUAGCAGAAGAGAUUGUUUCCAUGAAGACAGCGAAGGUGAAGUUGAUUAAGCAGAUGAAGGAGGACAGUGACAGGGUUCGGGUGUGGAAGUUGAGCAAGGAAAAGGAGGUCAACCACCUAAAGCAGAAGGAUAGGCGGGCCCAGGUCCAGAUUGUCAAAAUGGAAAGGUUACAUGAACGACAGAAGAAUGUUCUCCGCCGGAAAAUGGAGGAAACUGUUUCCGUUAACAAGAGGUUGAAGGAGGCUCUGGAGAAGCAAGCUAAAGUAAGAGCACAGCGAGGAGAGAGUGAUAAAACGUUGUCUGGAGCAGGAGAAAGGGUUCGAGGCUGGGUAUCCUCUGAACUGGAGGUCGUGGUCUCUGCUAAGGAGGCUCUCAAGUCGAAAGAAAACCUGAUCAGAGAUCGGAAGGAUUUGAACCUUGAGCUGCAGAAGUUGAAGCAGGGAGCAAGGAGAACUAUGACACAGCAAGAACGCAAGGAUGCUGAGAAGAAGGUCCAGGAACUGCAGAAUGAUCUUGACAUCAGGAACGCUCAGAUCUCUGAUCUCCAGCAACAAAUCCUCAGUUUUAACGAGGACAAGGAGAAGGAGAAGGGUGGGGACAGGUGGUCAAGGUUAACCUCUAUGGUGGAGGCGAAGAUAGCGGCGCAGUAUCUAUUCGAUACAGCUUCAGAGAUGACCGCGUCCGCCGCAAUGCGAGCCUCAGAGGUUCGUGACCUUAAACAUCAGAUGGAAGAACUUAUUGGCUCUAGAGACUCUCUGCAGAAACAGAUACACAGCAUCAAGUUGUCCCAUGAGGACGAGAUGGUGAGACUGGAGAGGGAACAUGAGGAAAAGGUUUUGUUCCUGCUGAGACAGCUGACCGGCACCCAGGAUGAGGGAGAGAGUCCUGAUAUUAGCCUUGGUAAGGAUAUCAACAAUGUAGAGGAGAGACUAAAGUUUCAGGCCUCAGAGAUUGCAAGAAUGUCUAAUAUACACGAGCAACUCAUGGACAGGGAAAAGGAGCUUCAGACCCUUCGGAGUGAGUUUGCUGAAAGCGCUGGUCGAGGAGAAAAGGGGCGGAGCUUACUUCCGUCCAUGGGCGUCUCUACCCCGCCCAAGAAGGCGAAUAAGAAGAGGGUGACAAUGGCAGUAACUGAAGAGAGGUAUAAGGAGGAGGAACUUGAUGAAUUGUUCUCAUCCAGUGAUGAGAGUGAAACAGAGGAUAGUGAUGAAGAAUGGAGGAAAACACCAAUGUUUAAAAGAAUCAGAAAGGAACGGCAGUCCCUCGCAGGAGUGGAAAAAAGAAAGAGAAGAAGUUCAGCGUUUCUAGAAGAUGAUGAGAAACCCGUGGAACAGGUUGAAGUAAAGAAAAAGAGGAGUACACUGGGUUCUUGUACCUGUAAGUCUGGGUGCAGGAAUAAGAGAUGUUCCUGUAAGAAGGACGGACCUUACUGCUCCGCCCUAUGCAAAUGUGUACCCAGUAAAUGCGCAAACAGGGAGACACCGGGAGCUGACAUUAGUGAUGCAAGUGUAAUGUCAACAACGGAUCUAGACAACAGUGAUCAUACUGAUACUGAUGAGAAGAGUGGUGAUACUACAGCUAAACUUCUUGAUUCAACCUAUGAGGUUCCUGAGUUCAAGUUUACUACACCCGCCAGAUCCCCAUUGAAGCAGGUUAACAGGAACAGUGCUGACAUCUUUGCUCAAUCAGAUUCCGACAUUGACGCAACACCUACAAAUAAAGGUUCCCAGGAGCAGCAGCAACAGCAGAAACUUUCUUUCUUCUCCUCUCCACAGCUUCUGUAGAGAGAAGUAGGAAGAAAUCGAUUAGAGGGGGUUAGCGGCUUUGCGGACCAGUCCAAACUACAGAAAUAACUUCACAUCAGUGCAUAAUAUAUUAUAUAUGCAUUAUGCAAGCAUCUUUUUUGAAACAAUAACAAAACAUUUGUCGGAGAAAACCAUAUUUUUGUUUUAAAUAUUUAUAAUUUUAACUUUAACCUUGAACUAAUUUCCAGUUUGUGUAUCUUAAUGUUAUUUUAAUACUAUGACUUAAAAUUUUUUAAUGCUGACUCGUGUGUUAAUAAAGAAAAAUAUAUCUUAAUGAA